AUGGCGGCCGCCGCAUCCGCCUCGCCCUCCGGCAGCGGCCGCAGCAACCUGCCCGCGACGGCGGGCGCUUGCCCCAUCUGCCUCGAAGCCAUCGAAGACGAGGCCUACCUCGACGCCUGCCUGCACUCGUUCUGCUACAGGUGCAUAACGCAGUGGGUGAAGAUCAUGGCGAGCAAGCGCGAAGCACCCUUGUCCUCGGUGAGGUGCCCCCUCUGCAAGACCGACAGCGCGUCCAUCGUCCACGCCUUCGACGGCGAGUCGUUCCAGCAGCAUCACAUCGAGCACGAGCAGCACCGCCCGGGGAACCUCUCAGACGCGCACGCGCUCAUAUCACAAAUCUACAACACGAGAGAGGUCUCAGGCGACGAGCCGAGCAUGCAGAAAUACUGGAAGCAGCGAAAGUACCUCCGGAGGAACGUGUGGCUCGAGCCAUGGCUGAGACGGGAGAUCCAGGCCCUCACGCGGGACGAAGACGUCGACGCCAUAGUCUACCACAUCCUCGGCGUCAUCGACUCCGCCACGAGAACGGCAGAGAAGCCGCACGCUUCCAAGGAGACCUCGCCGGAGAAAGCAAGGGAAGAGUUCGUGCGUUCGCUGUCCGACGCCGCGAGGCCGUUCCUCCAUGGACGGACGGCGCGGUUCAUCGCGGAGGUGGAGCUCUUCCUGGUCUCGCAGCUGAACAUCGACGCGUACGGCAGGGCGCGCGCCUGGAGGUUCAGGGAGUCCGCUUCGCAUGUGACGAGAGAGCAGGGUGCGCUGCCGCGGGGCCGUCCUCUCGAGGAUCACUACUUCUACUUGUACUUUUUGAGCGAUCAGGCAGAUUACGUUGGCGGUGAGAUGUAA